AUGCAAAAGUACUUUGAAGUGACUGGUGGGUCGGACCUCCUCACUAAAGCUUUUCUUCAAGUUCUUCAGAAUGUCUGUAUUUCCCUGAACUCCAGGGUUAAGUUUUUCAUCCAGCCAAGUAAAGGUGUCACUCUGUGCUACAAAAAAGACCAACAUCUAUUCCAUAAAGAUGCUGACGUGGUCCUGGUAACAACCACGGGUAAAGCAGCGCUUUUCAUGGACUUUAAUCCUCCACUCUCAAUCCAAAAGAUGGAGGCCCUGAGGGCGUUCCACUACGACACCUCCACCAAAAUCACACUCAUUUUCAGACAAAGGUUCUGGGAGAAAGAUGGCAUCAGAGGGGGAAAGAGCAUCAGAGAAAGGCCCACAUGCUUCAUCUAUUAUCCGAGCCACAGUUUCCCAGGAAACUACACCAUCAGUGUAAUCCUGGCCUCCUACACCUGGUUUGAUGACUCCCUCCUCUUCCUGGGGGCCAGCGAUGAAGAACUGAAGGAGCUGCAUCUGAGAGACUUGUCAAAGAUUCAUGGUAUGGUCAUCAAUUCGCUAUGUCCCUGUGUGUUGGUGAAGAAGUGGAGUCUGGACACUUACAGUCUGGGGGCCUUCGCCUUGUUCACCCCGUACCAACACCUGGAGUACGCCCAGGAGCUCUUCAGACCUGAGGUCAGGAUUCACUUUGCUGGAGAGCACACAGCGUUCCCUCAUGCCUGGAUCGAGAUGGCCAUGAAGUCUGCCAUAAGAGCAGCUGUGAACAUCAACAACGAGAUAUACUUGUCAGAUACCAAGGAAAAGAUGAGCUCUAAACUUACAUAG